AUGGCCCCUGGCUCGCCCCCUCCGGCGGUUCUGCCCCAGCGCCGACACGAUUUAGAUGUAGCGAAACAGCAGCUGGUCUGCAUCGUUACCAUCGUUGCGACUCUCUUUGUUCUUUGCCCAGAACGAAUUUUUGACUUGGUUAUCUCGUUGAACGAGAAAUGGGAUAGAGCACCGGCGGUGGUGAAAUACUUUGUUCCUGUCCAGAUACCCGAGAUCGCACCCCCGUCAGAGCAAAUUGUUGGUUUGGUGAAGAACCAAGUAGCCACCGCAGGCGACAAACUGCAUCACUUCUCACUGCAGCUGAGAUCGAUGGUGCGUGCGCUGGUCGAUUGGAUCCUACGCCAAACUGGUAGCGGAUCAUUCAGCAAAGAUACGCCUGGUUCUGAUGCCAAGACUCCCAAGAAGCCAAAGCAAGACCGAUGGGUGGCAGUCCUAGUUACGACCCCGAUUCUUGAGGAGCGCAACCCUUUCCAGAUCGACGCGGAUCUCGACAGCGAAAUUCUUGAACUCAUCUCUUGGGAUAGCUCCGAGUUGUCGCCAAAUUUGGCAAUUAUCCUGUCAUCGACUUUCAAGGUCCAAUUAACACUCUGUCUCAUUCCAAGGAGCAUCUGGUAUUCUCGCAAGACUCUUCUGGAGAAGUUUACGACGGGACUUUACUGGAGCCAUCAACCAGGACACUCACACUGCCAAGGACAGCAAUGGGAUGAAGAUAGAAUAAAGGCUAUCUCGAGAGUUCAGUACAUUGGAACAGUCAAUGAACACAAGGAUAUUGUCAAGGUCAACGAACACUUUGACUCUCUUCGAAAGGGAUGGAAUGAUGUCAACACCUACUGGAACGACGUCGACUAUGCCAUCUUAUUAUCCUUCCUUCUUGUCGGAAAAUCCUCGACGGAGAUUUGCAAGAAGAUGUUCGACCACUUUGCCAACCUCCGAGUCGAAUAUGCUCAACGCAACACGGAUUUAAAUCGCUCGCGCGCUGGCGCCGCUCUCUUGACGUUACUGACAGGUGGCCUGGCUGCCCCCGUCACGAUUCCGAUGAUGAUGGGAGCUGGCGACGCCGCAAUGACCAUGUCAGCGAAUGACCGUUACCUGUGGGGAGAAAGGAACAACAUGUGCAAGGAACUCAUGGCGCGACACAAAGAACUGGAGGCGAUUAUCGAAUUGAAGGAUAUAGAGAUAAAUGUUACCAAGCCAGUAACCUUGCCUCCAGCAUUAGAGUCGAGUUGGUUGGCCGAUGAUGCUUGGUAA